AAAAGCAUAUCGAGAUUAGGGUCCCCUGUUUCUCGUUUUCACACACACCUUUUGCGUGGGUGUGUCAUCCGCAUAGAGGUCGCAGAGCCCCCAUUCCGCUCCCCCCUCUCCCGCUCCUCAUAAGAGCCAACAUAUAUGAUCAAUCCGCCUCUUGUCGCAAAAUUUUCACUUACUAUUUUCUCUCCCCCAAAAAAUCUUUCAUUUUCUGAAAACCCUAGACACCGUUUCUCUCUUUUAUCCCUUCUCUAUGUCUACUCCAUGAACCUUUGGUGGUCAAAACUAUCAGAUUACUUGCCUAAUUUUGGUUCGAUUUUUCUACCCAUCCCUUUCUCGUUUCUGAAUUUGUUGAUUUUUUUCUUCGUUUUAUGCUUAAUCCAUCUGGUUAUCGGUGUUUUUGAUCGUUGAUUUGGCUAAAGUCGUUGUCUUUUGUUCCUUUUGUUUUUUACUUUCAUUUUUUCCCUUGCGUUUGAUCGUUGUACUGGGAACUGUUCUAUCUGAAGUAGAAGUUUUUAGUGGAUUUGUAGUUGCUACAGUUACAUGCAAUUUUUUUGGAUGAUCUCACCAAAUUUGCGGUUUUUUUCUUGGAAUUCCGUACUUAAUGGUGUAACCUUUACUACAACAACAACAACCCAGUGUAUUCCACAAACUGGGGUCUGGGGAGGGAGAUAUAAGUUCAAAGCUGCUCUUGGGAAGCACAGGCAAUCGCAGAAUGAGCACCCAGGACAGAAGGGCACAACCAAUUAGGUAUACAAGGAACCACUCAAGAAGGAAGACGGUACUGUAUGUAGAUCUAAAUGUUGCACCCCCAUCUGAUAAUAGGGAUCAGGAAGGAACUUCAAGUCAUGUUCCGGGGGAUGUGCCACCUGUACAAAGAGGUUCUUCUUCGACACCUGCCCCAAUUGAUGUUGAGGCACUUGAUGAUGAUGUGAUAAUUAUAUCUUCCCCAAGGGAACUUGCAGAAGUACAAAACAGCUGCAGGAGGACUCGUGGACAGGUUAUCCUCAUUGACGAGGAUUCUGACGGUCGUUUGCUUAAGUCUAACAAUCGCAACAAGCGCAGAAGAGUCCCAACCAAUCAGUCAACCAUAAUGGGCGAUAUUUACAUAAACCUAGAAGCAAAUAGCAGCUUAAAGGAAGGCGCUGCACAGAGUGCAAUACCACCAAAGCCGAUUGAACCCACAUUUAGCUGUCCCAUAUGCAUGGGAAAUUUAGUUGAGGAGAUGUCAACAAAAUGUGGUCACAUAUUCUGCAAGAUUUGCAUCAAGGCUUCCAUAGCUGCUCAGGGUAAAUGUCCUACUUGUAGGAGGAAAAUUACCAUAAAAGACACCAUAAGGGUGUAUCUUCCUGCCACAAGAUGAGAUAAUAAAGAGAUUGGCCACCAUUUUAUUUGGUCUAUGGAGGAAUUGCUUGUAGAGGCAGGUUGUUGUUAAACUACAUGGAUUGAGAAAAAUAUUGGAGAUUUUGGGAGGGGCAGCAUUGUUGGGUGGGGGAAGUAUGAUUUUAGACUGGAGACUUUGGCUGUAGCUAAUUUUGUACUUCGCUUUCAAAAGGUUAACUAGAGGAAAAGAUGGAACUUCUUGAACUUCUGUUUAUUGCAUACUAGUUCUUGUUCUGUCGAGACUUUUUUUAAGUUCCUGACUAUUAUAGUUCAGUCCUAAUGAAAAAAACUGUGCAAGGGAAAAAUGACAUAUCUUGUUAGACACUUGAUAUUGGAGGGAUAAGUUAUAUCGUAUUUUGACAAUUAGCUUUUUGAAA